AAUCCUGCGUGAUUCAUCUUUAUUUCAUCUUCUUCUUUUUUUUCUAAAACACUCAACAUGUCUGGUGGAGAAGAUUUACCUAAAAAGCACACAGCUCCUAAAGACACAUUCAGCAGUGAAACAAAUUCAUCUACCUCUCGAUUUUAUUUGCAUCACUCAGACAAUCCUAGAAUAGUGCUAGUCACACAACCAUUAACAUGUGAUAAUUAUCUUACUUGGAACCGAGCAAUGACCAUGACUCUUGAAGCAAAGAACAAGCUAGAAUUUGUUGAUGGAACCAUCAAUGAACCAGCAUCAAAUUCUACUAUGUUUACAAUCUGGAGUCGAUGCAAUAGUAUGGUACUCUCAUGGAUUUUGAAUGCACUUUCCAAAGACAUCGCCAAUAGCGUUGUGUUUAUGAAGACUGCUUGUGAUGAUGAGUUGACAAUUUAUAAUCCACAUCCAGCUUGCACAUGUGAGGUAGCAAUGGAGAUCAGUACCUUAGAUGAACAAAAUCGGUUGAUGCAAUUCCUCAUAGGGCUUAAUGAAUCUUAUAGCAACUUGAGGAGGCAGAUCCUCUUGAUGAAUCCAUUGCCUAAUGUUUCAAAGGCUUUAUCUUUGGUUCUUCAGGAUGAAAGGCAAAGAUCUAUUCAAUCUAUCUCAUCACUGCCAUAUCUAGAACAGUUAGCCAUGGCAAUUGUCAACUUGCAAGAGUUUGGUCGUUUUAAUCAACAGUUCAGGACUAGAAAUGGAAGACCUUUUUAUCAUUGUGAUUUUUGUGGCCUAGAUGGACACAUGGAGACACAGUGCCGGAAGAAACAAGGGACUCAAAGUUUCCAUGCUUCUCAAUAUAGGCGAGAAUUCAAAGAGGCUAAUGCUCGACCAAGCUCAAAUCAAAGCCAACCUUUCACUCAGGAUCAAGUUAAGCAGCUUCUUGCACUCAUUCAACCAAGUACUCUCAACACCUGUAAUCCUCUAGUUAACAUGGCAGGACUUGGUGACGAAGAAGGUGAUUGGUUUAGCGAAGGAGCUUAAUGGCCUUUAUUAUCUUGACAUCAACAAUAAAAUAUCUCCAGCAAUCUCUUUUGCAGCAACCUCUUUACCUUUGGAUCUUUGGCAUUGCAGGCUUGAACAUCCUAGUUAUAGUGUUGCACCUCAUUUUUCUCAUCUAAAUCAGAGUAUUUCUUUUUCUAAUAAAUGUCAUUGUACAGU